AUGGCGGGGGUCGAGCCUUUCCCGCUGCUCAACACGUCGGCAGACCAGCUGCACAGUGCUGACGUCAAUGUUGCGAGGCGCAGGCGUAAGAGCAGCGGCCUUGGAGGCGAGAUUCGUGCUGGCGACACGGGCGCGCCAGCCCUGGCCUCUAGUAGAGUCAGUCUCAAUGCCCAGGACUCCGAGGUUUCCAAGCGCCGUCGCACUCGUGGAUUCUUUUCGCAGCUUCGCCAGACCAUGGUCAAGCACACCUUUGUCCUGCCCGCCGUCCUGCUUCUGCUCUUCCUGACUGGCUAUGCCAUCAACCCAUCGGAAUCCAACCCGCUACACCACUUCCUCUUCUUGUCGUACCCGCUCCCCCAGGACGACCCCCUCAAGCCCGUUCAGUAUGGCAAGGGCAAGUGGGACAUUGCCUUUGUCGCCUUUUACACCAUCGUCUUGUCCUUUACUCGCGAGUUCGUCAUGCAGGAGGUGUUGCGCCCAUUGGCUCGCAAGACUGGACUCAGUAAGGGAAAGCAGGCCCGUCUCAUGGAGCAGAUGUAUACCGCUCUUUACUUUGGUGUCUUGGGACCUGCUGGCAUGUAUGUCAUGAGCCGCACGCCCGUCUGGUACUUUAACACGCGCGGCAUGUAUGAAGGCUUCCCCCACCGCUCGCACGAGGGUGUCGUCAAGUUUUACUAUCUCUUCCAGGCUGCCUACUGGGCGCAGCAGGCCAUCGUCCUCCUCCUGGGAAUGGAGAAGCCGCGCAAGGAUUUCAAGGAGCUUGUGGGUCACCACAUCGUCAGCCUGGCUCUUAUUGGUCUGAGCUACCGCUUCCACUUCACCUACAUUGGCAUCGCCGUCUACAUCACCCACGACAUUAGUGAUUUCUUCCUCGCCUCAUCCAAGGCCCUCAACUAUAUCGACCAUCCCAUCGUUGCUCCUUACUUCGCCACCUUUGUCGCCGUUUGGAUUUACAUGCGCCACUACAUCAACCUCAAGAUCAUCUGGUCUCUUUUCACCGAGUUCCGCACCGUUGGCCCAUUUGAGCUCAACUGGGAGACUCAGCAGUACAAGUGCUGGAUCAGCCAGUACAUCACCACUGCUCUGCUUGCCUCUCUUCAAGCCUUGAACCUGUUUUGGCUCUUCUACAUUCUUCGCAUCGCCUUCAGAUUCAUCCGCGAUAAGGAGGCGACUGAUGACCGAUCUGAAGAUGAAGACGAUGAAGUGGAAAAGCCCGCCUCAAGCAAGCACAACGGCAAGAUGGCCGUCCCUUCUCUAGAGGUCCACUAUGAGGACGAUGAAGACAAGGAGACCAAGCACUAA